UGCGCUAUUUUAAUCAUAUCGAUCCCCUCGAUCGGUCGGCUGCUGGUUUGUUUCUCUUGUUGUUUUCAAGCGUUUGUUGGAUGGUACUGGGAGAGUCAUCUCCUCCGAUCCGCUUCCAAGCGGCUAGCUGCCUUUCCCCAAUCCCUCUCUCUCUGUUCCUCGUUUGAGCCAUUUCUCUCCGGCCUCUUCUCUGAGCUUGGCACGGAAUCGGAUCUCACAGAAGACGCCGGAAGCGAGGCAGAUAGAUACACAGUGCCAUGUCGCCUCUCCGUGACUUCGACUGGCCGGUCACCUGAGUCCAACAAGGGAGUUAGCUGCCAGUAGCACAUGAACCUGCUGACUAAGCCAUUGGGGCAAGGAAGCUAGGGAGGGUGAACAACCUGCCGGUCUGUGUGUUGUUUUCUUGCGAUGGCGGCGGCCUCAUCCGCGCCCUUCUUUGGGCUCGGCGACACGCAGAUGCAGCCACAGGCCUCUUCUCUGCAGCAAAACUCCACACCCGCUCCUGCCACCGCUGCCGCGCCGCCGAAGAAGAAGAGGAACCAGCCAGGCAAUCCAAAUCCUGAUGCGGAGGUGGUCGCGCUGUCGCCGCGGACGCUGAUGGCGACGAACCGGUUCGUGUGCGAGGUGUGCAACAAGGGGUUCCAGCGGGAGCAGAACCUGCAGCUGCACCGGCGAGGGCACAACCUGCCGUGGAAGCUGAAGCAGAAGAACCCCAAGGAUGUGCGGCGGCGGGUGUACCUGUGCCCGGAGCCGACGUGCGUGCACCACGACCCGUCCCGGGCGCUGGGCGACCUCACGGGGAUCAAGAAGCACUUCUGCCGCAAGCACGGCGAGAAGAAGUGGAAGUGCGACAAGUGCAACAAGCGCUACGCCGUGCAGUCCGAUUGGAAGGCGCACUCCAAGACCUGCGGCACCCGCGAGUACCGAUGCGACUGCGGCACACUCUUCUCCAGGAGGGACAGCUUCGUCACCCACCGCGCUUUCUGCGACGCGCUGGCUCGUGAGAGCGCGCAGAUGACAACUUUGGGCGCCGGCCUCUACGUCGGUUCCGGCAGCAUGGCCGUCGGGCUCUCCGGCGCGGCUCCCCAGAUGCCUGGCUUCGCAGACCAAGCCCAGUCCUCUUCAGCAGCAGCAGCCAUACAGUUCGAUCACAUCAUGCCAUCGUCCUCGGGCUCCUCCAUGUUUCGCUCUCAGGCGUCGGCAUCCACGUCGCCUUUCUUCCUCGGCGGCGGCGCUCCUCCUCCAGCCCAGGAUUUCUCCGAGGACGGUAGUGAACACUCCCAGGGCGGCUCUCAAGGCGGCUCUCUGCUCCACGGCAAGCCGGCCUUCCAUGGCCUGAUGCAAUUCCCUGAGCAGAACCAUCCGGGCAGCAACGCCAACGGUAACAUCCUGAACCUUGGGUUCUUCUCUGGAAACAGCGGUGGCUCGGCCGGCAGCCAGGACGCGCGCCUUGUCUUCCAGGAUCAAUUCAAUGGCAGCGCUGCAGGAAACGGUAGCGGCGGCAACAACAGCACCGAGCAGGGCAGAGUGGUCGCGUCCGUCGGAAACCACCUCAGCAGCAGCUUCCCUUCCCUGUACAACUCAUCUCAAUCGGUCGGCCUGCCGCAGAACUCGGCGACGGCGCUCCUGCUCAAGGCGGCUCAGAUGGGCUCGACGUCGAGCAGCCACAACGGUCCGAUCGCCCUGCUUCGUGCCGCCGGCUUCGGUGCCAGUGGGCAGGGCACUAGCAGGGCUGCAGCAGAAGGGACGGCGCACGAGACGUACUUCCAUGACCUCAUCAUGAACUCUCUGGCGGGCGGUAGCGGCGGCUUCUCCGGCGCCGCAGGGUUCGGGUCCGUGGACGACGGCAAGCUGAGCACAAGGGACUUCCUCGGCGUCGGCAGGGGCACGAUGGCGCCGCCGGGGCUCCACAUCGGCUCACUUGAUCCGGCCCAGAUGAAGUGAUCGAUCGAUCAGCGAAUGAACAAACAAACAAAACAAUAACAUGCAAGAAGUCAAUAAACAGAAGAGCAUGCAUUUUUGCAUGCAUGCAAGGUAAGCUUCUGAGAGAGAGAGAGAGAGAGGGUGGUUAAGUAUCUCUGGAGUCAAGUGAACUUAAUUUAGUUUUGUUCAUGCAACUUAAUUGGUUCUUGCAUCCAUGAUGCCUUGGUGAGUUAGUAAUAUUGUAGUUUCUGUUAGGGCUGCAAUUUAAUUCUGUUACCCGUACAAUUUCGUGAUGAUUUUCAUGUGCUUAAUUUCGUUUCGAAAUGGUCUCCCUUGAUGUACGUCAAGUUCAUCAUGCGAAGGCCGGACCAGACCAGAAUCUAAGCCGCAGGAUAUUUUGGACGUUUA